ACUCACUGUGCAAAUCCAGCCUUCAGUGCGCAAUACCGCACGCACGCGCACGCACACACUCACUGUACCAGCCGAGAGCGCUCUCUGUCAGCGGUUCAUUCAUCCCGGUGAAGGCUGUUCACACUUUACUCUUCUUCCUCCCUCCCUCCCUCCCUCCCACGCGCCGGGACAGCUGACUUUGUUUGUGUUCACCCCUCCGCGGCGCCUUUCGUUCGGACCAGUUGUGGAGGAUUCGAGCGGAUCUCCGCGUUCGCUCGGCUCUCACCUCCGCGCUACCACGGAGCGGAGCGGAGCCGCUGGAGGACACGCUCAUCACGACGGAGCGCGGCGCGGGCUGGUUGCGUUCACGGCGCUCGGUUGCUGCUGGAGGGGGUCAGCGCGCACCGGCGGACGGCGCGGCGAGACGCGAACGCACGGCGGCGUCCGCCACCGGCGAGGCUCGCGCUAAGUUUGGGCGGAUUUUUACGCGCACAGGUGUGGAGGGAUUGAAGCCCGCGGUCGGCGGAUGGUUGUCGGGUUCGCGGAGAGGAGCCGCUGCCUCUGCGCAAGUCCCAGAUGAAGAUGAAGUCUGCGGGCGUCGUGGACGGAGGCUUGUUCACAGAGAGCUACUGUAACAUCUGCAACGCCCAGCUCAUCUCCGAGUCACAGCGCACCGCUCACUACGAGAGUAAAAAACAUGCCAACAAGGUACGUCUGUUCUACAUGCUUCACCCUGAGGACGGAGGACCGCCUUCCAAGAGGCUGAGGCCAGAUAAUCCAGACUGUGCAGAGACCGAGGUGGACAGGAACAAGUGCUGUACUUUGUGUAACAUGUUCUUCACCUCUGCUAUUGUGGCCCAGUCCCACUACCAGGGCAAGACGCACGCCAAGAGGGUGCGCCUGGUGCUCGGGGAGCCUCCGAAGCUGCCCACGGCCACAACCAGCCCCACCAACACAGAUUCCUCUCCUUCCACCCCACUGCCCAAAGACCCCACUGCAUGUCCCCCCCCUCCCCCCGACCUGCCCUGGCCCAUGGCGGUGGUCGGUGGAAACGGCGGAAGAGAAGCCGGCAAGUACUGCUGCCUGUGCGGAGCCUGGUUCAACAACCCGCUGAUGGCCCAGCAGCACUACGAGGGCAAGAAACACCGCAGGAACGCAGCCAGGGCGCGACUCCUGGAGCAGCUAGCGGGGAGUCUGGAUGCCACCGAGAGCACAGGGCUGCGCAGUAGCUACUCGUGCAGUGUCUGCAGUGUGGUCCUUAAUUCCAUCGAGCAGUACCACGCACACGUCCAGGGCUCCAAGCACCAGAACAACCUGAAGCAACACCAGCAGUAAGUCACAGAGACAGGCUGCCGUGGAGAGAAGCUGGGCCGAAGACAGAGAUUACUGGAAUAAACAACUGCAUAAAAGAGGACUUGCACCAGAAAAAGAAGAAUAUGAUAAAGUAGUGCAGAGCAAUUUCACAGUAUGUGUCUGUUUGCGUGUGCAGUAUGUAUGUGUGGGUCACUGUGAGUGUGUUUAUUUCUAUCUUUGAUCUAAAAAUAUAUCUCAGACUUAUUCAGCACCUAAGUGUUUGAUAUGAGUUCUCAACACAAGAACUAAGGCUGCAUUUUGCCAUAUAAGUCCUGUGUGAACCACAAUCCGAAAAUUGAAUUGAUGUCAGUGCUAUGCCUAGAGUGCUAAUAACCAUUACAAUGAUCGUCAUUGAGCAGCAGUAAUAAUAAUUCUAUAAAAAGCUGCCGCCCAAGUGCUCUGUCAGUGAUCCAAGUGUGAACACAGGCUUUUGUUUAUACAUGUCUCUGGUACACGAUGCUAACGGUGGCACAUGCGUGGCUCACUCUCAGACCACUUGAGACCAACUCAGGCCCAGACUAUCCAACCCAAGGACAAGGAAACCCCCAAUGACCUCAGCCACCACAGAAGAAUAUCCAACACUUUCAUUUUUACUCAUUUCUUGUUGUCCUGUGGAUUUGUGUUACUUUAUUUCAAAUGCUGGAAGUGUCAUCAUUUCAUAUAUUCAGAAGUGUGGAGACGCGGCACAGACGUCAGUGGAGAAUAGCAGAAUGUGCACUGCAAACUCCUGUUAGACACAUCCAGGGGUGAAAACGAUGUCUCCUACCUGUUGCAAUGGGUGACAUGUAGAUAGAUUUUUAUUUUUCUGUUGCUGUGGCCAGAAAAGAAAACCUUCCAACCCAUGUAGCAGCCAGUGUAGAACACUACAGGGAUGUAACUCAAUGCAUGCAAGAUGUAACACAUUGCAUUCACUUGCCUUUUUGAAGCCUAUUGCUCGCACAUUUUAGCAAUAGAGACGCUUUAGUGAUAGCUUUGUAAUGCAUUACUGCACAUGCCUGCACCUGAAGGAGGUCACCUUUUGGAGCUGAAAUGGAGUUGGUCUCAUUCUUUGAUCAAAAUGCAAAGCUUUUGAUAAACCGGACCUGUCACUAUGGCGUAAUACCACUUAUGUGUAGUGUCCUGAGACUGUGUGUCAACAAUGGUAGCAGCAUAAGAGAAGACAAUGAGACUGGCCCUGUGAGGCGCUUCUCUGAGCUGGGCCUGAAAAAGGCACCAAUGCUCAACGAGAUCCUUCUCCAUAAACACAUUACUAACGGUUUGAUUUUGUGCUGCAGUCAGUUCCCAGUAAAAAAAAAAAAAUGAAUAACAAUUUUCUCCUGCAGAAAAAUGGAUGAGCAGUUUUUUUAUGCAAACACACUGUAGUAUUACCGAUCAGUACAAUGUGUGAUUGAAAAUUAUUUAUUGAAGCAAAAAAGGUUUGUGUAAAUAAGUAGUAGCUGCAGGUGAAGUUCAUGUUUUAAAGAGAGUUUUGUAUUCAUAGUGUUUAUCUGCACAGAGCUACGUGUGAUAAGGGAAACAUGUUUAUUAGGAGGAUUAUUAUUGAAAAUUACAAAUAUGCUGGCACUGAAAUAAACUGCCUUUUGGUGUGUUGUGUUUCGAAUGGGAUAAGAGGAUGGCGGUGAACAUGGACCAAACAGAUGGAAGAUGGGGAACGAGGAAGGAUUUUGAUAACAGCUGUUUUCAUGAGGGCAACAAUCGAGACCGUCUCCUCAGAGAAACCUGGCCACAAUACAGGACUACAGACUGUUGUAUUGUAACAUGAUGUCUAAAAUUAACAACCUUUCUUCUGUCUGUGAUGCCGUUAGGAAAAACUAAAACCAUUUGGCAUUUCCAGUGUGCAUUAUGACUGUUUUGAAGCCUAUUUACACUGACUCCUCUCUCUCUAGCAGUGGUGUCUGUGUGUGCCAGUAUAUCACAGUAUGUGCUAAGGAUGACUGUGCCGUGAGUCACAUAUUUUAGCAGGUGUUAUGUAAUAUGACAGAUGCAUCUAUGGGUAGGAUUUCUGCGACACGACGCUUGCGGGUAGGCAUCGGUGUACGUGAAGCUGUCGACUGCAGCGGCGGCACGAGACCCACUGUAAGCUGUGGACUGUGAGCACAUUUGUAAACACACCUGAUGAUGAAUACAAUGACAAAGACAACUACAUCUAUAUUCUCUCAA